AACAAGGCACCAAGGGGGAGCGAGAGGCUUUUUAACCUGGGCGAGUGGGGGGAGUGCGGCUGUUGGCGAUUGAAGCAAAUGAAUUCUGACAUAACUCAACUUUGAUAGAGGGCUUUUUUUUAAAAAAAGUUGAUCCACAGUGCAUCAGAGCAAGUUACUAUACUUUUGAGUGGCUUAGAGGUGCUUGCCUGCAUUGCAAUAAAGGACUCAUAUAUUGAGCAAGACUUAUUUAUCUCUUCAUUUUGGAGAGUCUAAUAAACUGUUAUUACAGUUUCUGUACUGACUUUCAAAGUUUUGAAGUCUAAAAAGACAUCUUUAAAAACAAAAGCAUGAGCACGGCCAGAACAGAGAACCCUGUUAUAAUGGGUCUAUCCAGUCAGAAUGGGCAGUUGAGAGGCCCUGUAAAACCCAGCGGGGGCCCAGGAGGUGGAGGCACACAAACUCAGCAACAGAUGAACCAGCUGAAAAAUGCCAACGCAAUCAACAACGGCACUCAACAGCAAGCACAGAGUAUGACCACCGCUAUUAAACCUGGUGAUGACUGGAAAAAGACUUUAAAACUCCCUCCAAAGGAUUUGAGAAUCAAAACUUCGGAUGUGACCUCCACAAAAGGAAACGAGUUUGAAGAUUACUGUUUGAAACGGGAGUUGCUGAUGGGAAUUUUUGAAAUGGGCUGGGAAAAACCAUCUCCUAUUCAGGAGGAGAGCAUCCCCAUUGCUUUAUCUGGUAGGGAUAUCUUGGCUAGAGCGAAAAAUGGAACAGGCAAGAGUGGAGCCUACCUCAUUCCUUUACUUGAACGGCUAGACUUAAAAAAGGACAAUAUACAAGCAAUGGUCAUCGUUCCCACCCGUGAACUAGCCCUGCAGGUCAGUCAAAUCUGUAUCCAAGUCAGCAAACACAUGGGGGGUGCCAAAGUGAUGGCAACAACUGGAGGAACCAAUUUGCGAGAUGACAUAAUGAGGCUUGAUGAUACAGUUCAUGUGGUGAUAGCUACCCCUGGGAGAAUUCUCGAUCUCAUCAAGAAAGGAGUAGCGAAAGUGGAGCAUGUCCAGAUGAUAGUAUUGGAUGAGGCAGAUAAGUUGCUGUCUCAAGAUUUUGUUCAAAUAAUGGAAGACAUUAUUCUCACACUACCUAAAAACAGGCAGAUUUUGCUCUAUUCAGCUACUUUCCCAUUGAGCGUACAGAAGUUCAUGAAUUCCCACUUGCAGAAACCCUAUGAGAUUAAUCUGAUGGAGGAGCUGACCUUGAAGGGAGUUACCCAAUACUAUGCCUAUGUAACUGAGCGUCAGAAAGUACACUGCCUCAAUACUCUGUUUUCUAGGCUCCAGAUCAACCAGUCGAUCAUUUUCUGCAAUUCCUCUCAACGUGUUGAAUUGCUAGCCAAAAAGAUCUCCCAGCUGGGUUAUUCCUGCUUCUAUAUCCAUGCUAAAAUGAGGCAGGAGCACCGCAAUCGUGUGUUCCACGAUUUCCGCAAUGGCUUGUGCCGCAAUCUUGUUUGCACUGAUCUGUUUACCCGAGGUAUUGAUAUCCAAGCUGUGAAUGUGGUGAUAAACUUUGAUUUCCCAAAGCUGGCAGAGACUUAUCUCCAUCGUAUUGGCAGAUCAGGUCGCUUUGGUCACCUUGGCCUGGCCAUCAACUUGAUCACCUAUGAUGAUCGCUUCAACCUGAAAAGUAUUGAGGAGCAGCUGGGAACUGAAAUUAAACCCAUACCAAGCAACAUUGACAAGAGCCUGUAUGUGGCAGAAUACCACAGUGAACCUGUAGAAGAUGAGAAACAGUAAACGUGCUUUGAUGAUUACACAUGCCAGAAGGUGAAGCCCUUUGAUCCAGAUCUGUGACACAUCGUUUCUCUGGGGAUACCCUUCUCUUUGUGGGUUUUUCUUCGUCUUUUCGUUUUGGAACUAUGAAGACUAAAGAGCUCGGCCUUUUUACUUUUCAAAUUUGACAGUAAGAAAGAAAGAAGAUAAAAGGAGGAAUGUCUUUUUGGUUUUUUCCACUUGUUUGCACUGUGUGCUGAUUGAACAUUAGUUGCACUAACUGCUGAUUUUUAAUUUUUUUUUUCUUUGGGUGGGAGGGGCAGCAAGGGAAGAAGAGAAACCCUGAAAAGAGAAGAAUCUUGAUGAACAUGAGCUUGUCUGCAAUUUCAAAUUCUUCAACCAUUGGCUGAGUGCAUUUCAACUUCUCCCUGGUUACUCAUCUGUUUUUUAAGCUAAAGAGCUUGUUACUUAUUCGUGCAAAGUGCCUUAUGCUAUGAAACCAUUCAGAAUAUCACCUUUCUGACACAGCCCAAGGAAUCAACAGCCGGUUUUAGUUUCAGGUCAAAGUUCCCCUCUCUUCCCCUCUUCUCCUCCCCAAGUACUCAAGCCUGGGGCUGGGAGGCGAAAUGUUUUGGUAAUACUACUAUUUUCUUCAAUUUUUUAAAUUUAAUUUUAUUUUUUUUUAAUUGGAGGAGUUGAUAUGCAUCUGCAGUUCACCCACACUGUAAAUACCUGUAUUUAAAACAAAAACAACUUAAAAUCUGGGCUGAUUAAGUGCAGCGUCAUAGCUCCAGAAGGAAAGAGUAGCCUGCCAUCCUUUGCUGGAGCCAUAAGAAAAGCCCUGUGCUCUAGCAGAACACUAAAGACUGGUUUCCUUAAGAGUCUCCAUUAGUAGUUGCAGCACUUGAUAUGUGGACUUUCUUCAGAGCCAUGGCCCUCUUUCCUCUGGUGCAGUGUGUCCCAUAGAAAAUCAGAUGUGUAUAUUGUACAAACUUUGUAAAUAUGAUUUUUUUUUUUUGUUUGGGUUCAUAUAUAACUUCUUUGUGAUGAAGGUUGUUGGGGUUAAAGGGAUUAGACUGAUUAUGGGAGCAGCUAAAAAUGAGAGGGGCUCAGUUUUCUGCAACGCUAAACAAAGAGAAGUGCUCUGACCUCUGAGAAGAGCAGGCCUCUACAAGUGUCCCUUGUCAAGGUGGGUUUGCUUUGGUGUUAGCAAAACUAUCCUUGCACCACUCGUGUGGAAGAGAUCACUUGUGGGCCUCCAAGUCUGUAGCUCAGCUUGUUGGGCGAUUCUCUUCAUUUUCCCCCUUAGCAACUUCAGGAACUUGACAAGCUCUGAAGGGGGGGUCAUGACCUGUGUUACAUCGUUGUGAGGGGAAUGUAGCAGCGUCGGUGUUGCUGAGCAGUGUAUGUGGAAGCCAUCAAUUUGGGUUCAAAGGAAAAUGUAGAAAACCAAUUUACAUGCAUCAGCUGACAGUCCUGGCAUUGCGUGGGAUUGAUUUGCUUCCUGCAGCGUUGUGCGUUUUCUGCCCAGAGGAGCCUCUAUACAGACUUAAGAGCAGGCAAGGGCAAACCCCUGAUAAUGGCAGAAGCUGCAGAAAGCUGCUUGCCAUCUCUUCUGUUUUGGCAUGAAUUGCUGCCUGUCACUUUGCAUUGUAUAUCGCUGAAAAGCGCUUUCUGGUCAAGUAGUGUUGCUUUAAAUUGUGCCCCUCCCAACAUGCUUGAGGUUUGGCCUGAUCUACAGGCAAAAGGAGUGAGAAAAAUCAAAAAUGUACUCUUUUAAAAUUCCCUUUUAGCCUGUUCACCAACACUGUCAGGAGGCACCUGGAUGAGUGCAGUCCUUUUUGCUCCGUUGUUUAUUGCAUAUACAGAUGCUGCGCUCACACCAUGCUUGCUUACCUUUGAGGCAAGAAUUAAUUAUUUUAAUUUCUCCCAGUUUUGACACCAUCCCCACCCCCCCUUUUUUUUUUUCCUGAAUGGAAGCAAAAUUAUUUGGAACUAGCAAGGUGGAUUUACCCAUGCAUUUCUGUGAGGAUCAUAAAGAGAAGCCAGGUGCCUCCUGACAACAACUUUACAAGAUGGAAAGUUUUUGUUUGGCUUUUUUUUUUCCCUUCCAUCACCAGUGACUCCGUAAUUGUAGCAAAUGCUGCACUAGAGUACAAACUCAAGAGCUUGGUCACAGACAUGCUGUGAGCCGCUCAGCAUACAUCUGACUGGCAGGUACUAAAUGUAAACAAUGUUGGGGUGUUUUUUGGGGGUGGGGGUGGGAUUUUGUGGGUGGUAACUUUGACCAAAAGUAAAUCUUGCUCUUGUACUGCAGCCAGCUUACGAUUUUCCAGAAAGACAGAAGAGGGAUCAUUUUAGUGCAACAGAAACAUGACAAAUGUAAAUAAAAGUGUUGUAUCUUAUGAGGGCAUGCACAUGUAACGAGAACAGGAUAGCGAUGUUGAGUCAGACGUGUGUGCUCUGCUUGGAUUUGUUGUAGGUUAGCCUGGUGCCAUGUGUUGAUGGUCCCUCUUGAAGCACAGAACUUUUGAAAGUAUUACUUUAAACAUGGCCUCUACUUGAGGAUUGGCACUUACCUAAACUAUCUGGGGCACCAUUUGUAGGUGGCUUCUUGUCAAGAAGGAAGCUGCCUAUUUUUGGUGCUAGUAGGCUAUCUGUAACAGAUGUGAUCUUGCAAAUGGAAAGAUGCUCCAAAGGACUAGGAUAAUCCUAGUUUUUUUGUUGUUUAAAAUUUGUUUUUAAUACUGUUUGGGUUGGUUUUAUUUGUGUUUUUUUUCUUUGGUGUGUCUGGGGUUUUUUUGAUUUUGGUUUUUUGGGGUUUUUUUUUGGGUUGUAGGGGUUUUUUGUUGUUGGUGGUUGUUGAGUUUUUUUCCCUGCCCAAGAGUAAGGAGUGUAUAAUUUUUGGCUUCCUGAGAUUCCUUGUGAGCUCCUGUUCUUGGUGGCUACAUACCAGUCUUUACAUUUAUGCAAUAGUUGCAGCCUUCAGUGAUGAACCCAAGGUUAAAUACUUAAUCUAACAAAGAUGAUGUGAAAGAGAAUCGUAAUAUAUUCUGCACUUUUCUCCUUGGAAGUCUAAAAGCAUCACUUUGCUAGUUGGAUGAAAUGAAGUUUCACAGCUGGCUGAAGCGGUUGUGAAGAGGGUGAUGCGAACCUUGCCAGCUUGUUUGGAGAAACGAGAGGCUGGUCUCUGGGUACAUGCUGUCAGGAGUGCACCGCAGUUGCUGGGGGCUUUUUCCAAAGGGAGGGGGGUGGGUUGGUCUCAAGUAUGUUUCAGUUUCCAGAAUGAGAUGGGAGCAUCUUUCCUUUGCCCUCUGUGACUUCUUUUGUGGGUAAGAACAGGGAAGCUCAACAAGAAGUCAUGUUGUGUAUGUGUUGGUAUCGAAUCAUCUCAUUCUGAUCUUUUGUUCUUUAUUUUUACUUGGGAUAGGGGAGGGUGUCUGCUGUAAGGAUUUAAAAAUGCUUCACGUGCUUAGGCUUGGUGGUGUGUGUGUGUUUGUUUUUUUUUUUUUUCCCUUUUCUGAAAUGACUGUUAGGGCACAAACCUGAACAGACUGCUGUCUUGCCUUGGUUUCUGUUACAGAGUUGCUGUGCCAGGUCUCCUGAGCUGCUACAGUGGUGGUUCUUGUCCUGGUGCUGGACUGUGUAAUGCUGCUGGAGCUGACUGGCUGUUGCUUUCUGAGAAUUAAAUGAAUUUCUUUCCCAGGAGCUCCAGCAGUAUGGCUGCCAUGGUAAAAGCUGUGCAACAGUAGUCCCCAAGGGGAGUUCUCCAGUUGCUGCGAACUUCCAGUCCCUCUUUUGUGAGUCGCAGUUUCUUUGUGUUAAACCAGCUCUCUGGACCAAAGAACAUGCAUCUAGUCUUCAAAAUGAGGCUUUGGCAGAUUAUUCUGUAGGUUUUGCUCAGUUCACUGUUGUGUUGCUAAAAGGUCCCUACGUGGAAGCAUUGUUAAAUUCUGCUGUAGACAACAUAGGGAAGGGUAAGGAGGGGUGGGGGGAGGGAUGGGUUUAUUAAGAUACAGCCUUGCUGUAUUUUAACCAGUAAUUAUAAGGAAGGGGUGUCAGGAUAAGAAAAUAGUCACUGUUCCCUUUAUUGAAAGAAACUGGAACUUUUAUUUCAAGAAAAGAAACUAUUUGCAAUUCAGGUGGAAUAUUGUAAUCCACUGGUCCUGAUUUAAGAGGUGGUUGUUAUUACUAUUAACCAGCAAACAACAUGAACUAGUCCUUGAAAAUGUUCAGGGAGGGAGGGGGAAAUUGGCUUUCUGUUUAAAUUGGUAAUUGGCAAACUCUCCAGUGGAGCUCAGGUCGAUUGUGGUGAGAAUGUAUUUUUUUCUGGCUGUGUGCAUCACAGCCCUGACUUGUGAAGAGCUUCACGAGUUCAGAGUGCUGAAAAGAUGAAGGGUAAAAUCCUGAUUUUUGAUGAAUAAACUCAAUAAAAGCUCCCUG